UUGUUGAUAUGUUCAGUGACGAGGGGAUGCUGGUCAAGAAUAUUGUUAUUCGUGUCUUGAAAGUAGUAAAAAUUGUACCAUUUGUAGUUGCUAAACAUCCAGUUGGUCUAGAUGAAGCUGUCAAGGAUUUUGAAAGAACAACACUUCAGUCUGCAGAAAACCAUUACACUGUGCAAAUCGUGGGAAUUUGGGGCAUGGGUGGCUCUGGCAAAACCACUCUUGCUAAGCAGAUAUAUAAUAAUAAGUAUAAAAAUAUGGAAAAGUCCAGUUUUUUAUUAGAUAUUAGAGAUGCUGAUUCUAAAAGUGCAUUACAUAAGAAACAGCAAAAACUCCUAGAGGAUCUCGGUCUUCAAGGUGUAUCAGUUGAAAAUAUAGAAGAAGGGAAGGGUAUUCUUGCCUCUCGCAUGAGAUCUGUUCGGGUGCUUCUUGUUCUAGAUGAUGUGGAUAGUGUAGAUCAAUUGGAUGCUCUAGUACCUGAAAAAGAUAAUCUAGGAUCAGAUAGUUUGAUUGUAGUCACUACAAGAAAACUUGAAGUACUUCAAUGUUGGGGCAUCUCGUCUAUAUAUAAAAUGAAAUCAAUAGAUCCACUUCAUGCCAAGCAACUUUUUUGUUGGCAUGCUUUCUUAAAACCAUGUCCACUCAAUGGAUUUGAGAAGCUUGUAGAAAAAUUCAUAAAUGUUUGUCAGGGCUUACCAUUGUCUCUCAAAGUAUAUGGAGGACAGUUAUAUGGCAAAUUCAACAAAGAUUAUUGGGAGAAUCAAUUACAAAAGAUCGUUAGAAUACUGCCUGAUGAUAUUAAAAAUAGGCUAAAAAUAAGCUAUGAUGCUUUAGACCAUGAAGAGAAAGAAGCAUUUUUGGAUGUAGCUUGUUUCUUCAUUGGAGAGGAAAAAACUUCAGCCAUUGCAGCAUGGGAUGGAUCAACUGGGAGUGGGUUGUGUAGUUGGGAAAGUCUGUUGAAUAAGUGUCUUGUUGAAGUUGAUGAUGGUGAUCGUAUAAGAAUGCAUGAUCACUUAAGAGAUUUGGGAAGAGAAAUAUCAAAUCGUCAGUCACCCUACAGACUUUGGUCUCCCAACCAGAUUUUAAUGUUGACAAUGAAAUGCAGGGAAUUGCCAUUCGAGCAAUAAAGGCUACAAGAGCAGAAUCAACAAGCGAGGUUGAGGAGAUUCUUCGAUGUUCCCAGGGUGGAGAGGUCAUAGUUAACACGAGCAGAGGAUUUCGUAGCCUGCCAUCCUCUUCGUUGGGAUUAAAACUUCUUCAAGUUAGAGGAAAUUAUUAUAUUCAAGUGAUUGGUGAUCUAUCAAGGGAGCUGGUAUGGCUUCGCUGCUUUGACAUCAAGCAGAGAAAUCUUUGGCUUUUGAAUUCAUUGGAAAAUUUGAGGGUUUUAGAAAUCUACGAAAGGUUG